AAAGCUGAGGAGAAAUCAAUUUUGUCACUUGAUAUUCAUCGUAAACACGUUAAAUGUAUCAUAAUGAACAAAAAUUGAAAUAAAAGUUGAUGCAAAUUAUCCGAUUCUGGUGAAUCUGUGAAGAGAAAUCUGCUAAUACUAGUUAUGAGCAAAGAACCAUGGUUGAAAUCUCUUCGUGUGAUUAACAGUGAAAAAUUUAGUAAAUAGCAAUAAAUCAUGGAUUAUGACUAUAUGUCUUUUCAAAGAGAAAAGGAUGUUCACAAUAAAUGUUAUGGUGGAAGAUUGUGGUGUAUAAAAGAUAUAUGUGGGAUUAUAUGUGCUAUCUUAACCUGGUUGUUAAUAAUUUAUGCAGAGUUUGUAGUAAUGGCAGUUAUCCUUAUUCCCACAAUAAAUACUUUAUACUCUAGUUUAAACACUGCAAUAUUUCAGUCAUUAACUUUCUUGGCUUUUGCAUCUCAUUUAAGGACAAUGUUCACAGAUCCAGGUGCUGUUCUGAAAGGAAAUGCUACCAAGGAAAUGAUUGAACAAAUGGGAUUUAGGGAUGGACAAGUCAUAUUUAAGUGUCCUAAAUGUUGUUGUAUUAAGCCUGAUAGAGCACAUCAUUGUUCUGUGUGCCAAAGAUGUAUUAGAAAAAUGGAUCAUCAUUGUCCAUGGGUUAAUAAUUGUGUUGGGGAAAAUAAUCAAAAAUAUUUUGUACUUUUUACUUUCUAUAUAGCAGCAAUGUCAUUGCAUUCUUUAUUGCUAUGUAUACAACAAUUUACUACAUGCAUAAGACAAGAAUGGAAAGAAUGUUCUACAUUUAAUCCACCUGCAACAGUGGUACUAUUACUUUGCUUGGCAUUCGAAGCCCUCUUAUUUGCCAUUUUCACGGCUGUAAUGUUAGGGACACAAUUACAAGCAAUUUGGAACGAUGAAACUGGUAUUGAGCAACUUAAAAAAGAAGAAGCCAGGUGGGUUCGUAAUAGUAGAUGGAAAUCCAUUCAAGCUGUCUUUGGAAGAUUUUCGAUUGCUUGGUUCUCACCCUUUACUUCUCCUCCAAAAGGAAAGACAAAGCAAGAUUCUUAUUUAUAUUCCGUGUAACAUGCAUCCCAGGGAUAUUUAAUAUUUGUAAAUGUAAAAUAAUUGUGAUGCAUCAUGAAUUCAUGUAUCAGCAAGGAGAAUAUUUAUAAUCUUGUACUGUUAUUUAACAUUCUUAUUUUAUUGCGACGAUUUAUGAGAGAUACUUAAACAAAACGAACAUCCAACAUAUAUAUUAUAAUUAAAAUUUGUAAACAUGUAAGCAUAUGAUAAGAUAUGCUUCUUGUAAAGCUUCUUGUAUUAAAACAUUUUAUUAUUGAUCGUAA